AGACACUCCGUCGCCCUGUGCGUUUAUAGUAAUUGUAAAGAAGCACUGUAACAAGCUUCUGCUACGUGUUCAAAAUGUAACACUAAGAUUCUUUGAACUUUAUCUGACCUUGAAAGAAGCGAGGCAUAUGAAAGGCCCGGGGACAUGCUGGCUCGGGCGUAGCGAUCAAAGGAGUCUCAUUAUUCACCAACAUUGUUUAGCGAUAUACGAAAGGCUGGUCAAUGGUAUAAAUAAGGAGACCAGCGCAGAGGAGGCAAUGAGCUCGGUCAAGCUUUAGACACGGAUGGCAGCUGUUGUUAAUGUUGAUUUGAAGAGCAAAAAAGAAUCGGGUUGGACGUUCGGAAAGGGCACCCACGCAAAAUGUUUACGGUCGCAACACUCUGUUUGUUAUUUCUGGCUCUGAUUACAUCGUACGGACAUGGUGAAAGAUACACGAGGUUCGACGGAUCAACAUAUGUCACGUAUUCCUACAAAGGAGAGCAGCGAACUCUUCCAAACAACAUCCGUCUCGUGUUCCGAACGAUCAAACCUUCUGGAAUACUUUUACACGCGACCAGCGGCGGAGACGACUUCAUAACCCUUGAGCUCCUGCGUGGAAAAAUCAGGUAUUCGAUGUCUGACGGGAGUAUGCAGAAUAUGACUACUGGAAUAGUUUCUAGUGAGUAUUUUGGAAAAGUCGUUGAUAUGGCGAAUAACGAAUGGCAUCAAGUGGAUUGGACGAAACAGACAACUAAUUCGUGGACUCUUUACGUUGACACCUCAACAGAAGUGAUCAAAGUCCCUGGAUUUCACUCCAGGACUUUUGCAGAUCAGACGAUUUACCUGGGCGGUGUUGACGUUGAUAGGAUAAAGUCAAGGCACCUACUUUUAAGCGACCGUGAUUUUGUUCCCUUUGAGGGUUGUCUCCAAGACGAACAUGUGACUGUAGACGACCUAAUGCUGCAUAAUUUCACGAGAGUAGGAAACGAAACUUUGCCAGACUGCAAUGAUACAACGGAGGAGUAUGACCCAGUUACUUUUAAAAAACCUGAGUCCUUCAUGAAGAUCGAUGUUCCUAGUGUAAACGCUGUCAAGUACAGUGUAAAGUUCCGCACUCAUGAUGGCGAAGGGAUUUUAUUAUUUGAGAGGAUAACGAAAGCAAAUGGUGCUAAGAUUAACGUCUCUCUAACUGGUGGUAGCAUUAAGCUACGUGUGACAUUUGCAAAGAAAGAAUCUCCCGUCAUUCUUCAUGGUGGUGCUAAUCUUGACGACGGAAUGUGGCAUUCUGUUUCUGUUGAUAUCAGCAUACGACGAGUAAGUCUGCAGGUUGACUCUGACUUCGCGUCUUCCCGAAGCGGGAGUUCGCAAGGAACAUUUUUAAGCAGCUCCGAAGUCUUUGUCGGAGCAGAUAAUCAAGGCAAGUUCGGCUUUGUAGGAUGUAUGCGCGAUUUCAUGGUGCAAGGACAGAAACUCAACUGGACAGAUGAAUACAAAUCCCAGAUAGGGGAGAAAGACAUGAAAAAGUGUUCUUUGUUGGACCUGUGUAUACCUAAUCCAUGUCGGAAUGGUGGAAGAUGCUCCCAGGCCAGGAACAAAACAAUUUGUCAUUGCGCGGCUACUGACUUUAAGGGUCCAAAAUGCGAGACACCUUCCUUCUUCAUGCAGACAUGCGCUGAUUGGUGGAAAGCUGGGAAGAGAAGUAAUGGAUAUUAUAGGAUAAAUCCUCGUCAUUUAAAACCUUUCCCCGUUUAUUGUAAUAUGACGAACAUAGAAGGGCCUUCAACUGUAAUUUUUCACACUCAAGACAGAGUUCGUGUUAAAGCUGCUCAAUAUAAAACUGGCGGAAAAUACCGUCACGUCAUCAAAUACGCAACUACUAACAUUAGGAACAUAAAUUAUCUUAUAACAAGUAGCACUCAUUGCAGACAAUACCUAGCAUACCAUUGCUACAACUCAGUCCUUUUUGACUCGCCUAAAAAGUUUAAUCUCCAGUCUGGUCGUGGGGCAAGAUGGGUGUCACGUGACGGAAAAUUACAAGAUUACUGGUCGGGUGCCGCGCACGGGAGUAUGAAGUGCGCGUGCGGUAUGAAUCAAACUUGUGUAGAACGUUCUAAAGCCUGUAACUGCGAUACUCUUGACAAUAAAUGGCACGACGAUGGCGGGUAUUUGACAAAUGUAACGAGCCUUCCCGUCAAAUCCUUAAUAUUUAGUGUUGAUGGAACCAAAGCGAAAUCUCGGUACGUACUUGGUAGUCUUGAAUGUUACGGGUCGACAACCAAGAGGACAACAACUACUAUCGUUCCUGUUAGUGACACUCUAGGUACACCACAACCAUCCACUAAAAGUCUAACAAAGUCUCCAAGCACCAUUUCUUCCACCGCCUACAAGCCUCCCCUUUCAAAAGAAGAUGGAAUACGCGCCUCGAGAGCACCGUUAGGAGAAGAAGUGUUUUCCUCCACAGCAUCCACCAGCGCCUUAGAAGUGAACAGUCCUGCCACUCCCGAACCAACUAAUGACAAAGUUGACAUUGUGGUUAUCGAAACUCCAAAAAAGUAUAUAACAAUCCGAGAAAACGCCAAUCAGGAACUCGUGCUAAUUAUUCUGAGUGUUAUACUUGCCAUUUUUGUGAUUGCUAUUGUUGUGCUUCUCGUCAAACAAAAUUUAUUUUUACCUUGCAAGUGCAAGUGCUUAAAAGCACCUCUGUACCACGAUGUGCGCCAUAUGGAUGUUAUAGAGCUUGGCCCACCAAGUCCUACGUACGCUGAGACAGAACCGGAGCCGAUUCAACAGUUUGAGACAAGUCCCUAUCAAACGAGAAAUUAUGAUAUUGGAUCAUCUCAUGACUGUCAUGAAAUGUCAUCUCCAGAACUGUACAGUGAUGCUGAGACUGACAGACUUGACAUCAGCAACGGAAGCUGUUCGGGGAUUUCGGAAAAUGCCGAUGUUGAAAAAGAUAAGCCCGAGAAAAACAUUGAAUACGAAGAUAUCGACCUCGGGGUCAUUGACUUUGUUCCAAGCCUUACCUCCAGAAAGCAGCUUAGCACAGAAGAGAAAUUCAAGAAGCUUACGGAGGUCAUUUUAGAUGUUCUGUCUGCGUCAGACGUCAGAGCUAAUCAUAGCGACAGAAAGGAAAAUCCCUUAAGCCCUAUUAAGCCAAAAGACGUAGACCUUCGUGAAUCAAGUUUUGAGUUUUCUCAAUCGCAUCUGCCCGCAAAUGAACAGUUGCUGGAUUCGGACAAUGAUUCUACUGCUACAGUUUCAGAGUUAAGCUCAGAUCAAGAACUCUUUAAUGGAGAUCAGUGUGCAGAAAACUAUCCAUGCGGUAAGGGAACUCCUUGCAGUCGUGAUGAGUGCAAUGAAUCUUCUAAGGAACACACUAUCGAGAUUUAUAAGCCAUCACGAGAAAGAGGAAUAAGCCGAAACAACUGGAUAUCGUCCGAUCCACAUGACAAUUAUCUAUCUUUGGACGUAGACAACCUUGAGGACGAUACUCUCGAGGCGCAGCCUUUAAGUUCAGCUUUGAGUGGCUACGAUUACAAAGAAGAGAUUCCCACUGAAAUAGAUAUUAUGUCUCCUUGCGUGGGGAAUGAAAAUUAUCGUCCUGCCUCUUGCGACGGAGGAGGAAAUGAAGUGAUAUUUCAUAGGGAUGAUAAACGAAAGCACAGUUCGUCGCGUUCGCGCUUAUUUUCCCGCCAAAAAAGUGAAGAGGAAGCGCUACUUCCCUCAAAGCAAGCAAAUGAAACGCAGGAGAUAGGAAGCGAUCGUUUCCGCGAAAACAUUCAAAGGCACCAUAGCGGCUUUUCAAAUAGCUUUUACCGGCAACCACAUCAGCAGCAGAACGCAUCAGCUUGCAAAAAGCAGCCUGAAAACGGCCAAACCAAAGAGCGCAGAAUAAAUUCGUCGAAGCAAGUGCAUGCACAAAAAUAUGAGACCGAACUAUAGCUUUUAUAACAAUGCUGAAUAGCCCGGAGAAUUCUAGUCUAGAUGUUCGACUGUUUACAUCUUAGUUUGUUAAACAGUAUCAGAUAUUAAGUUAGAAUUUUUUUUAGUGCUAUUAUCAACGCACCCUAGAUUUAAUUUUUC